AUGGAUUGCGUGUUGACGGAACCGAACGCAUGCGCACUAGGUGGCAGGAUAGUUGCGCUAGUUUGGUGGAGGCGACAAAAAAUGCCUGAUUCUUGUUGUGCAGUAGGCUGCUCCAAUAAAAGAAAAAAAGGUGGAAAAUUAAAAUUCUAUUGCAUACCGUUCGGUCACAACGAAGAAAGCAAGAAACUUCGUCAACUUUGGCAAGAAAUUUUCCAAAAGGAAAAAGAAGGCAUUCAAAAAGAGUUAUCUACAGCUAGAGUAGAAUUAUUAGAACUUAAGAAUGAGGUGGUUCAACCUUUAGAAAAUGCUUCAAGCACCAAAUUUCCUUAUGAUACUGUGGUUGCUGAAAAUAGGUUGAAUUUUUAUACUGGGAUUACCACGCCUGGUUUAUUUGAAUGGUUUUUGUCGUUAUUUGUUAGAAAAGUAAGAUAUUUUAGUGAGAAACUUUCUCAUAAUGAUCAUUUGUUGCUGGUGCUUAUGAAGCUAAAACUAGGUCUAUUAAACAAAGAUUUAGCUUAUCGUUUUGGCUUGAGCGAGACAGUAGCUUCUCGAAUAUAUCGUAGAUGGAUCCCUAUCAUAUCUAAGGAGACAUGCCAUUUAAUAAUAUGGCCUGAUAGAGAAGCCUGGCGACGUCAUUUGUCAAACAGCUUUAAAAAAAAUUUUCAGAAUUGUACAUGCAUAAUUGCUGAACGACCAUAUAACCUAAAUGCACGUGCACACACAUGGUCCAACUACAAAAAUACUUGCACAAUGAAAUAUCUUAUCGGAAUAACACCAGCUGGGCUGUUAGCUUUUUGCCACGUGGUUAUGGUGGUCAAAUUUCUGAUAAGGAAAUAA